GGCACCGUGCGGCAGCGCAGCCCCGACGCCUCCGCCUCAGCCAUGUCCUCCAGCUCUCCCCCGGGCGAACACAAGAGCCGGAGCCUGGGCCGGCUUUCCCUGCCUAGGAAGGGCAGUAUGACGCCCGGCAAGAAGCCCCCCUCGCUGGAGCUGGCCGAGAGCGUCCCGAACGCCCACUACACGCCGCUCCCCGAGGGGCAGGGCGGGCGGCCGCCGGCAGGCAGCGGUCCCGCAGCGACGCGGGAAAGGCCGCCACACGUGAAGAGCGAUGUGGUGGUGGUGGGCGCGGAAAGCUCGCGGCCCCCGGUCAGCCUGGACCCCCGCGUCUCCAUCUAUAGCCUCCGCAAACCGCUGCUGAGCCGCAGCAACAUCCAGGGCCGGGUGUACAACUUCUUGGAGCGGCCGACGGGUUGGAAGUGCUUCGUGUACCAUUUCACAGUCUUCCUUAUUGUGCUGAUAUGCCUUAUCUUCAGUGUGCUUUCUACAAUUGAACAGUAUGCAGCUCUUGCUACAGGGACGCUGUUUUGGAUGGAAAUUGUAUUAGUGGUAUUCUUUGGAACAGAAUAUGUGGUUCGGUUAUGGUCAGCAGGAUGUCGCAGUAAAUAUGUUGGAAUAUGGGGAAGGCUUCGUUUUGCUAGGAAGCCCAUUUCAAUCAUCGAUUUAAUUGUAGUUGUCGCUUCCAUGAUAGUUCUGUGUGUGGGCUCUAAAGGUCAAGUCUUUGCAACCUCAGCUAUCAGGGGCAUCCGUUUCCUGCAGAUUUUGCGGAUGCUGCACGUUGACCGUCAGGGUGGCACGUGGAGGCUGUUGGGAUCAGUCGUCUUCAUACACAGACAAGAACUGAUAACUACACUCUACAUUGGAUUUCUGGGCCUGAUUUUUUCCUCUUAUUUUGUGUACCUGGCUGAAAAAGAUGCUGUAAAUGAUUCUGGAGAAACAGAGUUUGGCAGCUAUGCAGAUGCCCUAUGGUGGGGAGUAGUGACAGUUACAACUAUUGGCUAUGGGGAUAAAGUACCUCAGACCUGGAUUGGAAAGACCAUUGCUUCUUGUUUUUCAGUGUUCGCAAUUUCAUUUUUUGCACUACCUGCGGGAAUCCUUGGUUCAGGCUUUGCCCUGAAGGUACAGCAGAAACAAAGACAGAAGCAUUUCAACCGUCAAAUUCCAGCUGCUGCCUCUCUCAUACAGACUGCCUGGAGAUGCUAUGCAGCAGAAAACCCAGACUCUUCGACAUGGAAAAUAUAUAUUCGAAGACCUGCCAGAAAUUAUCAUUUGCUGUCACCCAGUCCAAAACCAAAGAAAUCAGUGAUGGUCAAAAAGAAGAAAUUUAAGCUAGACAAGGACAACGGGCCUUUUUCUCCAGACAAGAUGUUAACAGUUCCACACAUCACUUAUGACCAUGUGACGGAUGACAAGAAACCUGAUUUCUGUUUUGAUACAUAUGAAAAUUCUGGACAAACAGGAAUGUUAAAAUUGCUUGAUUGUCAGCGUUCCUGGCCAUCCUUUUCCACAGACCAGCAAUCUUCCAGCGCUCCUUCCUCUCCAGUGAGAAAAAGCCCGACGUUUUUAGAUGUGAACACAGGACCCUUCAUCAGGACCAACAGUUUUGCCGAUGAGCUUGACCUGGAGGGUGAAACGCUGUUAACCCCAAUAACUCACAUCUCACAGAGGCCUGAUGAGAAUGGAAGAAAAGUAGCUGAUCGUACCAUGAGCGAACACGACUUGAGGCUGAGAGAACAUCACCGUGCUGCAAUUAAAGUGAUCCGAAGAAUGCAGUAUUUUGUGGCCAAGAAAAAGUUUCAGCAAGCUAGAAAGCCAUACGAUGUCCGAGAUGUUAUUGAGCAGUAUUCCCAGGGUCAUCUCAACCUGAUGGUGCGAAUCAAGGAGUUACAGAGAAGGUUGGAUCAGUGCAUAGGGAAGCCAUCUCUUUUCAUCUCUGUCUCAGAAAAAAGCAAAGAUCGAGGGAAUAACACGAUUGGUGCCCGGCUGAACAGAGUGGAGGACAAGGUUACGCAGAUGGACCAGAAACUGAACCUCAUUACUGAGAUGCUGCAUCGUCUGGUUUCAAGUCAUCAGGGGGAUCAAGGGAACAACAGGUCAUCUCAGAAAGGCAACAGCAUUAAUUCAGAUCUCUUCCUCCCAAACAACACCCUGCCAACCUACGAGCAACUGACCGUGCCGGGAAGAAAUGAAGACGAUAUAUCCUGAUGUGGUAAAAGUUGGGUUGGGUUCUUCCCACCUUUCUCCUUUAAAUGGAACUUGGAAGGAAAUUCAGUUCAUCAGACAUCCGAGAAAACACAUGACUGCAAUAUCUAUACUACUGGUCUCAAAUGCACUCUUCUAAAACCACUCGUAAUAGCCCAAGGAUUGACAGGCUGUGUUCUACCAGGCAAAACCUACCAAAGCUCCACAUUGAUUCUAUUGAUGAACAAAAAUUAUAGCAACUCAUUAUUGCUCAGAAAGACCAAAACAAUGUUAAAGGCAGGCAAAAUUGCAAAGAUUUAGAGCUCCUUUAAUAAUAAUAACAGUAAUAAUAAUAUUGUAAUAAUACUUGAACUUAGAUAAGAACUCUGCAUUUUGUUUAUGAACCUGCAGAUAGCAAUAUAUUUCUACUACUAAGGUUUUUAAAACAAAAUAGGAUAACUUAUGUUGUUUUUAUUGUAUAAAUAUACCACUAACAUUCUUGCGAAUGACAAACCACAUGCUGAAUGAUUUUCUUUUGCUGUUUUAUUUUAACGUUGCUACAUAAACAUUAUCAGAUAAUGACCAGAUUUUUUUAAUCUGUUUUUCUUCAGGGAGGAACUAAUACUUAAUCUGGAACAAUACUAUUUAUAGUGGAAAGCGCUAUAGAUUUUUUAAGAUACCAGUUUUUAACAGGGAGACAAUAAAGUAUUACAUAGAAAAAUGAUUCUGCUUUCUAGAAAAUUGUUGCCAAAGAAUUUAUAUAUAAACAGAAAACGCAGUGGUCUGAAUGUACUUGUCCUGAAAUAGCUUUUUAAAAAGAAGACCCACUACUUCUUAAAUCAAUUUUUUAUUUUUUUUUCAGCUUAUGCUAUCCAAGAGUAGUACAGCAGUAUAACGUGACUGGACUUGCAGGUCAAGUGCUUGAGCUGGCCACUUUCUGAGCAUCCAUAAUUCUCAUAGGAAUCAUGGCUCCAGUUCAGGAAAGCCUCCCUUGUCCAGACAGCAUUUAACAGUUUUCUGAAUAAUUGAAUGAGAAAUUCUGGUCCCUACCAAAGUCAUUAGAUAUUCAGAAGUGCCAGCUCCAAUCAAAAGGACGCAGGGCCUAACCUGCAAGCCACCUCACCCCACAUUAUAGUUGCAAUAAGAACAGCAGUGUUUGGCUUGGUGUGAUUUUUCACAUGCACAACGUGAGCAGGAAAACGUGAGCAGGAUUGGAGCUUUGCUUACUAAAAUUGAAAUUCAACCCUUGCUGAUAGUUAACACCUCUACCAUGCACACUUCCUUGAAAGUGGAACGUCCUUAAAUUUGACAGUGUUGUAAAAUGGAGGAUUACAACAUAGCUAAUUAAUGCUAUGAAAGACUUCAGUGUUUGAAAGCAAGAAGACAUAUAUAUACAUAUAUAAAUAUAUAUAUAUAUAUAAACUGAUGCCCUAAAGCCUCAUAAUUUUGCUCAGCAGUUAGCAUUAGCAGUCUUUAGGAUGUAUAAGCAGUCUGAAAUACUGAUGUGUAAUGACCUGAGAUCGCAGGGAACCAUCUCAUAGUAUUGCUUACAUGCUGAGCCUUGUUUUAAACGUGAAACAUUUCACCUCUUUCACUUGGACUGCAGAGGAAAGUAUACUGUAUUUAUGUUAUAAUCAUCUCAUCUUGCUGCUGUACAGUAGAUACAUGUUAAGGGUGGAGAAAUGUAUGGACAUAAACAGGAAUUGUACCUGGGCAUUACGUUUUAUAGAAAUCAAAAUUAUUGUGAUGAUUUUGAAUAUUUUUAAAUAAGAUUAACUGUGUAAUUUUAGAUUAUUGAUCAAUCUCUAAUUUCCUAAUAAAAUACAAGAGAAGAUUA